AUGGCAGUAAAGAUUUUUGUAUUAUUUUUCUUUGUUACAAAUGUAGUUUUAGGAAAAAGUUUAAAAAAAUUAAAUACUUUCCAUACGGAUUUAGGAGAGCUAAAUGAUGUACUUGUCGACAAAUCGCUGACAAUACCAGAGAAAUUUGAAACAAUAUUUGGGAUGUUAGUUAAUUUAGAACGAGAAGAUCUUAUAAGGGGAAUCAAUACAAAGCUAUCUUAUUUAUUUGAAGAAUUAAAUGCAUUAUUAAAAAGGGCGUUUUAUAUGCUUCAGAGGAAAUUUUCAGAAUUUGUGAAUAUUCAAGCGGAAUAUAUUAGUAUGUUCAACAUUGAUAAUCUUAAAGAAUUACCCGAAGACUUUGCAAAAUCUUUCAAAAUUACUAAAGAGAUAGUGAAAAUAAUUAAAAAGGAAUUACAUUUGAUUUCCGAUAUUUUGAAAAAUAUUCUUUCUUUUCGUAUUAUGUAA